GGGCGGCGGGGCGCUCACCUGUGAGCAUCCUGGCUGGUGGGACCACGUCAGUGUGCACCCAUGGGUAGGAGUCCAGCCUAUAUAGACCCGUUGGUGGGAGCUGUAUUGGUAGGGACGCAACAGCAGGAAACGAGUGCAGGGUACUACCGGCGAGAAGCACCUCCCUGUGGAUCAUUUGGUGGGAGCGUUAUGGAUAGGGGUCCACUGUUAGAAGCCAAAUGCGUCAGUGGAACCCAUGUUAAAAGGACUUGGGACCCUGGAGGAGUGAUACUCCUGGCCACUGGUGCCCUCUUCUCUGGAACCAUGGCAACCCCAGAUGUGAGCGUCCAUAUGGAGGAGGUGGUGGUCGUGACAACUCCAGACACUGCAGUUGAUGGCAGUGGUGUGGAGGAGGUGAAGACGGUGCUGGUAACAACAAAUCUGGCCCCUCACGGGAGUGACCUGACUGAAGAUAACAUGGAGACAGAAAAUGCAGCAGCCGCAGCUGCUGCAGCCUUCACAGCCUCCUCCCAGCUCAAGGAAGCGGUGUUAGUGAAGAUGGCUGAAGAGGAGGAGAACUUAGAAGCUGAAAUUGUGUACCCCAUCACCUGUGGAGACAGCAGAGCCAACUUGAUUUGGAGGAAGUUUGUGUGCCCUGGCAUCAAUGUGAAGUGUGUUCAGUAUGACGAACAUGUGAUCAGCCCGAAGGAGUUCGUCCACCUGGCAGGGAAGUCCACCCUGAAGGAUUGGAAGAGGGCCAUCCGAAUGAAUGGCAUCAUGCUCAGGAAGAUCAUGGACUCUGGAGAGCUGGACUUCUAUCAGCACGACAAGGUCUGCUCCAACACCUGUCGCAGCACCAAAAUUGACCUGUCGGGGGCCCGAGUGUCCCUGAGCAGCCCCACAUCUGCAGAGUACAUCCCGCUCACACCCGCUGCAGCUGAUGUGAAUGGUUCACCUGCCACCAUCACCAUAGAGACCUGUGAAGACCCCAGUGACUGGACAACAGCUAUUGGAGAUGACACGUUUGCCUUCUGGCGGGGGCUGAAAGAUGCUGGCCUGCUGGACGAGGUCAUCCAAGAGUUCCAGCAGGAGCUGGAGGAGACUAUGAGAGGCCUGCAGCAGCGGGUGCAGGAUCCUCCCCUGCAGCUCCGAGAUGCUGUCCUCCUCAACAACAUUGUACAGAAUUUUGGCAUGCUAGACCUGGUGAAGAAGGUGCUGGCCAGCCACAAGUGCCAGAUGGACCGUUCACGGGAGCAGUAUGCCCGGGACCUUGCAGCCCUGGAGCAGCAGUGUGAUGAGCACCGCCGCCGCGCCAAGGAACUGAAACACAAGUCCCAGCACCUCAACAACGUGCUUAUGACGCUGACCCCUGUCUCUCUACCACCCCCCAUGAAGCGGCCCCGGCUGGCUCGGGCCACGUCUGGACCGGCCUCCAUGGCCUCACAGGUGCUCACCCAGUCUGCACAGAUCGCCCUUGGCCCAGGCGUGCCAGUGUCCCAGCUGACCAGCGUACCACUUGGUAAAGUGGUGUCCACACUGCCCUCAGCCGUCCUGGGCAAGAGCUCCCCUCAGGCUCCCCCUGCCAGCUCGCCAGCCUCUCCACUCCUUGGGGGCUACACAGUCCUGGCCUCCUCAGGCUCUGCUUUCCCUAGCACGGUGGAGAUCCACCCGGACGCAUCCAGCCUCACAGUUCUGAGCACAGCAGCCAUGCAGGACGGCAGCACAGUGCUGAAAGUGGUCAGCCCGCUACAGCUCCUCACUCUGCCCAGCCUGGGCCCCACCCUGCAGAAUGUGGCCCAGGCAUCACCGGCAGGCAGCACAAUUGUGACAGUGCCUACAGUAGCCACUGCAGGGCCUGAUGAGCACACAGCCACCAUUGAGGUGGCUGCUAUGGCAGAGGACCACGAGCAGAAGUAGCUGGUGGGGAGGAAGAGGCCCCUCGGGGUGGACAGAGCUGACUGCCUCUCCUCAGGCCACUGCAGGCAGAGGCCACGGAACUGGCUCGGCACAGGCAGGUCUCAUGGGCUGAACCAAAGAGAGCACUUGCCAGAAGAAUCAAGAAAAAGGGACAGAAAGAUGCCAGCAAUCUGAAAAAUCGGUCUUCACCUUCUAAACUCCCCUCCCUUGUUUUUCUUGGGAAAUAUACUUUUCCAUCUGUUGCUUAUUAAUACUGUUUACACAUUGGCCUUGAGCAGGAGCCGGGGGACAGUGACCAGAAGGCUUGGGGAUAGCUAGGUGCAGGCAGCAGAGGCAGGGAUGGCGGGCACUAACACCCUGCAGGUGCUGGUGGCACCAGAGUCCACCCAAAUCACUGAGACCCUAGUGCCUGUGCUCCCAUUGGGCCUGUCUUGGGGUCUGAGCCCGCUGGGGGGGGGGCAUAACUAACACAUGUCUUGGGAAAUGUACCCAAGUGUGGAAACCCAUGGAUCCUAUGGAUUUGGUUUCUUCCCACAGUUUUUUGUAGGUUUAGUGUGGCCAGCACCCCGCUCUUCUGCCUGUGGAAACAUGGUCCUGUGGCUGGGGUACAGACCCAGUAGGUGCUCAGGUGGCCAAGAGACCCCACAGACCAGGUGAGGUCUGGGCACUAUUGCACAUGCGCUGCAAGUGUCUUUAAGUGAAUUGUUUAGUAGGCUUCUAGAAAAGAGUCAGAUUUAUAGCAUUUGCAACCAAAACAGUGCUGAGUGCCUAGGAUUCCCAAGUGGGCUGUGGGGUAGGCCUGGACACUUGUGCAUGCACCUGGCUGGGGUUAGAGAACCUGGGCUGUAGUCUGCUGAGGUGAAUCUCUGGAGCAUUUGUUUGGUAGUGUUCCUUCAGCCUUGGGCAGCUCAGAUGGCUUUCCAUGUGCAACCUGCUGUUGGAUGCCCAUGCUAGCCUGAGCCUCCCCUGGAGAUGGAGUUGAGUCUUCUGGCCAGAGUGAAAGUCCCAGGGCAUUGGAGGAGGCUGCCCAGGGCAGGGCAGGGCUAGCUGGAGCAGAUAUGAUGUGGGGUACUCCGUGAAGGCUAUGUCUUGGUGGUUUGCAAGUCUAGGUUUGGGCUCUUAAGGAAUUUAGGCAGGGUCCGUGUUCUAGGCCACAGCUCCUAGGGCCAGACAUUUCAGGGAACAAGAAGCCCAGCCACUUGCAGAGUGUGACUUGGGACAGUCUUAAGGGCCCAACUCUUUGACCCUACUUUUGGUUUUGUGUCGGGGCAAGGCCUUUCUCUAGCAGGCCUCACAGCACGAGGUGGGCCACUGUCCCUCUCCACUGUAUUAAAGGGAACUAGUUGUCCCGAUGUCCAUUGAUCCAUCCCCAUUAGUGUCCGAGAGACCAAGUCCCUGUCUGCUUCCCCACCACAUCAAGCUACUGAGUUUCCUUUCUUGUUUUCCUUCUGUUGCAUCAUCGUUCACUGUUGUCAUGAGUCAGCUGGUUUCAGCAUGAUGUUUACCUACUCCUUCUUGUACCUGUUCCUUUUUUUUUUAAGCUCAUCUUUAUUCAAGUCGUGAGUCUUGUUAUAUGCAACAGUGUGACCCUAGGAGGGACGGCAGGUGUGGGCACUGCCUAGACCCUGUUAGAGACAGCGUCACUAAGGAAACACCUGUCGCCCUGGGAGCCAGAGACCUUCCAGGGAGCAUCCAGGGUGCUUAUUCUCUGCACUUGGUUUGUGGUUAGUUUCCCUUCCUUGUAAGAACCAGGUUGGGACCUUUUUAGUCCCCUCCCCCUUAGUCCACAGAGGUCCCAGAAGAUAGAGUUAAUUGUGGAGCCAUACAAAAAUAAGCCCCAAAUCAGCUUCAAAAUUAAUUUCCACCCUUCAUUCCCACUGUCCCCAAGGCUGCCCACAGACGUCUGCUGCCAGCCUGUCGUCCAGGACACUCCUGACAGGUGGGGAGGGGGUUGGAGGUAAGGAGGACAAAGUCGGCCUACAGAGGGAGCUGGGCAGUGCUCCCAGCUGACUCUCCCUUGCUUCCGUGGGUCUGCUGGCUCCUCAGGGUUGCUGGGCUUCCGUGCCCCAGUUCUACCUUCUGGGCCUUGCAACCACAUGCAGACACGGGUGUUCAUGCUGCCCUCAGUGUGGCUUUCUGAGAAGAUAGGGCUGAUUUGGUUUUGCAGAAGGGUGAGAGCUUCUCUCAGUGCCUGCCUGGAGGUACCCUUGGGAAGGGCAGUGUUUGAGUUCCAGUUUGUAUGUUGUUUUGCAAAUAUUUGCUUGGUACUUUGAUUUAAAAUAAAAGCAAUUUUCAUAA